CAAACUGUCGUCGAUGUUUUCAACAUCGAUGAAUCGAAUAUGAUACUCCUAUGUUUACUCGAUUGUUUUGCAGCCUACAAUUGCCCAUCACUAAUUUGAGUUAGAGACACGUAAACCGACACCAACAAAGAAAAUUACAAGAUUUUUAAGACAGAUUGCAUUUAAUUUAAUUUUUACUGUAAAUAAAUAUUUUCAAACAUGGACGCCGGCACCUGGUACAAAUCCCUGCCGCGCUUCACACGCUACUGGCUGACGGCGACUGUUGCUCUCAGCCUGCUUUGCCGCUUUGGCCUGCUCCCAUUGGAAUACAUGUAUCUGUCAAGAGAUCUUGUACUUACCCGCCUCCAGUUGUGGCGAUGCGUCACGUCACUUUUUGUGUUUCCUCUAAGUGGUGCGACGGGCUUUCAUUUUCUGAUCAACUGCUACUUUAUAACGCAGUACAGCGCACGUCUGGAGAAGGAUCAGUAUGCGAGAAGUCCUGCGGACUACAUGUACUUGUUGAUCAUUACAGCAGUGCUGGCGGUUUUGGGCGGUAUGGUGUUCAACUUGUACUUUUUGAUGGAUAUGCUGGUCGUUGCUAUAACCUACAUCUGGUGUCAACUGAAUAAAGAGGUUGUAGUCAGCUUUUGGUUUGGCAGUCGUUUUAAGGCCAUGUAUCUGCCUUGGGUGCUGGCGGGCAUAGAGCUCAUCUUCCAUGGCUCCUUAGCUUCGCUGGUGGGCAUAUUCAAUGGGCACGUGUACUACUUCUUAAAGUUCCAAUAUCCACAAGAACUGGGUGGCAAUGCCUUUCUGGAAACACCUCAGAUGCUCAAAAGGUUAGUACCUGAUGUAUCGGGCGGUAUCAGCGGCUUCGGUGUGCCACCGGAAAGUAGAGCGCCGCCGCCACGCCAGUCGGCCAGCUCACCCUGGGGACGCGGCAUGGCACUGGGAAGAAAUUAAAAACUAAUUUUCCUAAUUUAACUGAUGUCAUAUGUAUUUCUAUUUCAACCCUAUGGGUUACAACGUUAACUGUACUGAAAUUUCCUAACUAAACUUGAUCAACCUUAAAGAAUCUUUAACACAAGCUUAUGUUAAUCCUUGAAUUCCUGUACCUCAAUUUGUUUGUUAUAAACUCAUUAAGUUAACGUGUUAAGUGGCGGGAGGGAAUCCAAGAGCAUUUUUAUGCACAUAACUCCAAAUAUAUAAAUGCAA